GUGAAGUGCAGCCAAGACUGAACACCGUAGUGUGUCACACGGGUGACAUGGAAACACACAAAGAGUGGACCUGCGUGUAGCAGGAUGGUUUAUAUCAUAAGGUAGAGCUAUCCCAAACUGGGCCUCAGACCAGGCCUCAGGCCAGGGCCUUCUAGGCCUCGGACGUUUGCCCUACGUAGAAAUAGAUAAGCUUGUUUUGCACUGGGAAUUGUGUGAACCUGCGAUAUAACCAUAUUGGUUUGGACCCUCUUUUCUCUAGUCCCCGAUCUUAUCUGAUCACAGCUUUCAACUGGCGCCCUCUGAACUGGGACAGUGUUUUCUCUUAAAUGAGUUUUUUUUUCUCUUAAAUGAGGUUUUUGUUUUCUCUUAAAUGAGAUUUUUUGUCACUUGAAUGCGGAGUUUUUGCUUAGAUGCAGAAAAGUCCUUGUGCCUGGAAAGUGAAUGUGUGCUUGCAUACACCUGUUCUGAGCUGGCAAGGCAGAUCGGGGAGCGAUUGCUGACUGGGUCGUUUGGAAGGUCCGCGGUGCCCCCCCACUGCUGACGGAAAGAAGCGUGUAGCUAUCGGUGCCUCCCAGGGGGGCGAAAAGAUAAGAGCUAAUAUGGGACAGUUAACCCUAUGGGUUCAGAAAAAACGAAGGUUGAAUCGGCUGUUGCUUCGCUUUAGUGAAGCAGGAUGGAAGGAAAAAGGAAAAUUAAUAUGGGACGCUGUGGUUUUACAAGGAAAAAGAGCAAAGAAUUGUUCAGAAUUAAGUGUAAUUUGGAAAAAAGCAAUAAAUACCUUGCAAACAUUCACUGCGAACUGUAAAACUGCAAUUUUAGCCACAGAAAAGACGUUUCCCUGUCUUUCUGGUUCAAAAACGUCCCUCUCCGAGCCAAAAGAGAUGAAAAAGCUGUCUAAACUAAUGAGGUUCUUUGGUCUGCAUUCCGUGCAUUCUGAGAAUGAGAACACGGCUUCCCUUUGUUCGUCCCUGGCUGGCCAUGCGGGCAGAGGGCAGGAAAUGCCUUCUCCAGCUCUCAAGCAGAAUGAAAGCAACCAGGAAGUGCCUCAGCUGCCAGACCCCAGGGGCGUGGUGAUAGACGAGAAGGCAGGCGGGGCCGAAGGCGGAGCAGGGAGAGCGCAAGUGAUGCAGCAAGGAGGCGGAUCUCAGGGCGGUGCUGGAAGCAGGGCGGUGUUAGAUUCCUCCUCACAGGAAAAGGAGCUGACGUCAUCACACACAAAAACAACUAAGAUGGAUGCUCCUAUGUCAGCCCCCGAGAAACCAGACCCAGCUCGACUGAAAGCUCCCGCACCCCUGCAGUCUGCAUCAACGAAAUCUAUCACUCUAUCGCUACUUCUCGACACGGGUGUGAGCAAUCCUACUAUAAAUCAACUGCACUGGCCAACGGACUGGUGUUUGAGAUCUCCUUACCCCCCUUCAGUGAGCACAGAGCCUGUCAGUAUGGUCUUUGAAGACAAACAAAGCAUCGUAACUCGACCUUAUGUCAUGCCAAUGCCCAAAGAGCUUCCAGGAUUGUUAGGCAGAGAUAGUCAGAACAUACAACAAGUGAACAUUGCAAGAAAACACCAGAAAAAGAAAGAGCAGUCAUUUGUCCCUCUGUUGUAAAGAAAUCCAUCAUUAUGUAAGAAAUGCAAUGUGAAAAAGAAACAUCCUAUCAUGAAAAAGAUAAAGUAAAAAAUGAAAUAGAAAUGAGUUUUUAGCUAGAGUUAUUAAUUCUGUGUAAGGAUGAGUUAUGUUUCUACAUUUUGAUGUUGUUAAGAUUGAUUUUUUGUGUGAUUUGAGUUUAAAUUAAUUAUUGUUAAACAUAUAAUUUUAAGGUUUGUUUUUAAGAUUUGGGCCCUGAUAAGUUCAAGUUCAGUUUAAGUUUAUAUUUAAGUUUUAAGAAGUUUAAUUAGUAAUGAAUUUAUAUUGAUUUGCUAUAUAUAGAUUUUAUAAAGUUAAUGUAAGUUGUAGCUUUUGUUAAGAUUUACUUAUGUUAGAUUUAAGAGUUAGUUGAUUUAAAGAGUGAUUUAUAAUUUACAAAAGGUAUAGUUGUCUAAUUUGUAAGGUUUAGUUAUUAAAAAAGGAAACUAGAUUUAAAAUUACAUGAAAAAUAGUCAUUAGUGCCCUGCUAGCUACUUUUGAGUAAGUGGUGCUAGGAGGGCUCUAGCUGACAACUCCAGCUGGAGUAGUCCCUUGCUUUACUGCUAGGUCUUCCAGUAGUUGUUUUUGAGAAUGAUUCUCAGAGCUGAACAAGGCCCCAUCUCAGAACUCUCAGCGCUGUUGUCCUGCCUAGAGAGGUGGGUGCAGCUGGCUGAAGCCAGCCCCUAGCACAUCUGUUUGUGCAGAGAGGCUGUGCUACUGCUCUUAGAUUUGGUUUUCUGUGCUGGGGGAGAGAGAUGAGGGAAGGCUGUCUUGCACAUUAGUUUUUACUGCUUUUUCACUCCUGAAGUGGGGGAGUGAAUGGCCUGGGAGAAUCUGUUUUUAUGACCCCUCCUUGGCAGGUUGAGGCGGUGACCAGUAGGUCAUUUUUCAAGGAGUUUGUGCUGGCUUAGUCCUAGGAGAGCAUGUCCUGUGCUGCAGCGAUGGGGAAGCACAGUAGUGUGCCCAGGGGAUGAGUUUCAGAGCCUGAGGGCUGUGGUGGUAUGUUUUGUUCAGUGAUGGCACUAGUGAGAGAGCUGAGAGCCGUGAUGUCCCCAUGCCUGACAGAAUGGGACAAGGGUAGGGGGCUUUAGCCAGUAGGACUUUUCAGUCAGUGUGAAUUUUGAGGGGGUCAAGAUAGGUUAUAAUAGAGGGAACUUGAAUUCAGGGCCAUGAAGGCCCAGCCUUCUGCUGAGCAAAGUCAUGUGGCACAAGUUCUCUCAAGCUGAGUGACCUUCUCCCAGGUUCUCCAAAUAGCAAAUCUUCCCAGCUUCGACCACAGCCAGUGAGUUGAGAAUAAUGUCUCCUGAAGCAGCUAAGUAAUCUACAAGCUGAAAUCGUACUAGUAAAAUCCAUGUUUGUCAGCCACAUAAGAGCUUUUGGAAACAUGAUUCAUGGCAUUUUGAACUACCCAAAACUCAAGAGACAGUUAGCAAAGCCAGCAAACUUCCUGGGCAGGAGGAUGCCAUGGCAGCAGCUGGAUUUGCAUUCACUUUCCCUGCUGCUCUGUCUCAAAAUCCAACUGCCUUUAACACCCUCUGUACCCGCUUUCCACUUUACUAAUGCUGGUGAGCUCUGUUCAUGUUCAGCUGCGUUGCAGAGAAGAGUGAGGCACAAUCCUGCUUCAGAUGUAGCUGAUGUAGCUGUGCACACAGAUCCUCCCAGAGAGCCAGGAUAUGCGCAUGUGGAACCACUUGCUGGGCUGGCACUGGUAGGCAAACACUGGUAGAGCUAAGAGGAUGAGAAAAUGAAUUUUAAGCAGCACUGGAAAGCAGAAGAGAGUCUGCCAAGAAUUCCAGCCCCUGUGCUGGGAGUAAAAGACUCUCUUAAUUUUCCCAGUGUGCUAGAUCAGGUCCCAAAGUGAAGGGAGUGGCAUCAGAUAAGGAGCAAAGCUGCGAGUAGCAGAAGGAUAAGAUUAGCGGCGGCCAUGACCCCAGACCAGGUUAAACAGAUGGCAAAAUCUGGCUACCCAAAAUUCACUGAUAAUCCUGCCAGCAGUAGCAGUGGGGCCAAGAAAUUUUUUGAGAAAGGUCUUAGGGCAAUGAGUGAAUAGACAGUUUUCCCCAGUGAAAUAAGUUUGGCAUUAUAACUGUGCUUCACCUUGGAGGGGUCUGGCAUGGACAGUGUAGACAGGUGUAGGCACACACGGAACACAUGCAUUGUUCUCUACAACGCCUGGAUGUGACAAAUGCUGCUCCCCAAAGCAUGCUUCUGCCUCCUUAUAAUCUUCACCUAGAGCUCUGUAUCUGGACACCAAAGGACAUCUGUUUUAGACUGGCCAGAGAACAGUAGCAUAUAACCAUAAAAAAAAAAAAAAAAAAAAAAAAAAAGAGAGAGAGAGAGAAAGGAAGGAAACAGUUUUAACUGAAAUGAUGAUGGUAGAACAUUAAUAAAGAAAAUUUAAAAUGAUACAAUUUUAUUGUUGUGAAUUGUUCUAGUGUAUGAGAGUUUUAAAAUAUAAUUCAUUGACAUGUUAAGUAUAUAAAUUGGUAAUACUUGUAAGUUGAUUUUAUAGUUAAGUUUUUAUGCUUUGUCAUUUGUUUAAAAGGUUUUCCAACAAGCAUUUGUCAUUUUAAAUUAUUCUAUUUAAUUUUUAGCCAUCUAAGUAUUUUAUAAAUGUUUCUAUUUACCUUUUAGCCAUUUAAAUAUUUCAUAAAUGUUAUUAGCAGAUGUAACUGUAUUGGUAAGUGUAAGUUAGAAUUUUUAUUAAAUUUCAUUUUAAGUAUUUCCUUUAUGCAAAGAUAUUAUGACAGUUGUCUUUUAGGCAUUUUGUGUUUAUUGUUGUUAGAGAUUGUCUUUAAAAGAUAUACUAAAGAACAUCACUCCAACUUAAGGUUUGAGUUCUGGCCAAACUCUAAUUUUAACUUGGACGGAUGUUGUUUGUUAACGAAGCCCAGAGGUUUCUGCUCCAAAAGUAAUAUGCAAGUUAUCUUAACUUGACAAUUUGAUCCGAUUAAAAUGACAGCUGAAUCAGCUUUGAGGUGAAACCUGGUAUUCCUUGCCCAGGCAAAAGGAUAUCAAGACCCCACUAAAGAAAAGCGUUUCAGCAGUUUGCAGUCUCUGGGGUGAUAGCAGAAAUGAUUUGAUAAUCACUUUUCACUUUCAUUAGUAUGCAAAACUUCUAUUCUGUUCCCUUGCCUUUGAAAAUGCUAAUUCACAUACCAGGUCUGUUUUAGGUUCUCUUCUGUAAGCUGUAGAAUCAAUAAGAUACUAACAAAAGCUGCCAAAGCUGAACCAGACAAGAAAACAGCAACAGAGACGCAUCAUUGCAGCUGCGUUUGCAGGAGGUAACAUCAACUAUCCCAGUAACAACAGAGAAGUCUGCAGCCAUGAUACAUCACCAGGCGGUGAAGAAGAAAAAGAGACUACAGAUGAUCUUGAGACUUUAUAUUCAGAACCUGUGUAGGAAUGAAUAGCAAAGACUGAACACUGUGCCUUUAUCUUUUUGCUUUUAGUAGCUAGGAUCUUAAGAUUUUUUUCCUGGGUAAUUCAGAUAGCGCUUGCUUGUAACGAUAUAUGUGAAAGUAGCCAGCCGUGUCACAGACCCAGUUUAGAUAGCUCUAAAGAAGAGAGGGGAUUUGUAGCAGGAUGGCUUAUAUCCUAAGGUAGAGCUAUCCCAAACUGGGCCUCAGACCAGGCCUCAGGCCUGGGCCUAGUAGGCCUCGUACGUCCAACAUACGUAGUACCAGAUAAGGUUAUCUGGUACUGGGAAUUGUGUUAAAGUAUGGGUGUUAAUAGCAUAGAACAGUUACUGAGAAAACACGGUGGCUGCCUUAAACUGUAAUAGCUUACAUACUUCUGUACUCUCACUGCCUAUCAGAAUGCACCUGUUCUUGUAAACUAUUCUGUCUGUAUUUAACCUGCCAUCUCAAGGAAUAAAGGGGAGAACCUGCGAUAUAA